UCUGGUGCAGUGAGGGUGUGCCGUGUCUUUCUGGGGAUCGUCACAUGCUGCUUCUCGAUGUUCUGAUUCGUGCUAGUGCCAAUUUUUUUUUGGUGGUGAAGUUCUAUGAAAAUAUCAGAGAUUAGCAAAACAUAUUCAUCAUGGAUCAAGCAACAGUGCAAGGUGAUGGAGGUGGAGGUGGAGUCACUGUCAAGAAAGAGAAGGUGGAUGAGACGGAGAUCAACUUGCUUGCUGCUGAGAUGGCAGAGAAGAACCGUCAAAAAAUGCUUUCCCAGGCAACCCAGAUUGCCCAACAGAACCAAGCAUCCCAACAGGCAUUGCAGCGGGCUGGUGGCCAACAGAUGAUCACAUACUACUUCAACAGAGACAAAGAGAAGAAUGGAGAAGUUGAGGAGGAUUCUUUCCUACCCAAGAAAGUUGAGGAGAAGAAGAAAGGUGUUAUUGAUGAGGACUCACAACGAGGUCGGUUUGGCUGGACCACUAUCCACACUUCACACAUUCCUUACCUGUUCAGGAGAGAAGAAAAAUACUGUGCUGUUAGGAUGGUUGAAAUCAAACUACUCAACAAGUACCUUAGUUUUCUUCCUCAGGAAAUUACCACUUGCAUUAAUGUACGAUCAUAUUUUAUUACUGAGAGUGAGGCUAGGUUAUUAACUGAGAUCAAUACAAAGCACUGUGAACUCCAAUUUGGACGAGAUUACUUCACAACCAAAGAUCUUGUUGUUAAAGUAAGUGAAGCCAAACAUUUUCAUAGGUUUUUGGACACUUGCUUCAAAAAGCUUGUACAGAGAUCAACAGAACAAAGUGAAUUUUGUGGUUUUGUUAGAAUAAAUGGUGAAAGUGUUGUGCCAUACACUGUUAAAGAAAAAGUCAAAUAUGUACCAUUGUUCUACUUUGAAGGAGAAACAGACACCUUAAAAACAAAAGCUGAAAAGAUAGACAAUUGGGAAUUGGCUUACCUGAAAUUUUGCUGCAAAGUGCAAGGAAUUAGGAACGAACUUUUUGCAAGUGACACCUGCGCUGUCGUAAGCCUUGAUGAUGUUAAGCAAUACUUCCCUAAAGAAACACAGUUUGAAGACUGGUGGCCACAGAAAACUGCUGAACCCAUGAGAGUUGUAACUCAAGGUGCCCAUGCUGGGUCAAACUCCAAGGGUCUGGGAAGCUGGACUCAAAGACCCGCCACACAGCCACCUGCUGCUCCAGCUCCUACAAGUGCAGCUUCAGUUUCUGGUGUAAGUAAAAAUGUUCUUGCUAGUUCAAGUCAUCGGCAUUUAGGAAAUCACCAUGCAAGCAAAACUGGCUCUUCUACAGCUCUUCCUAACCUCCCACAACUUGGUCUAAAUAGUCUAGUUAAUAACGUUGGAAGAAGCAGUUCUUCAGCACUACAUCAAAUUGGCGCAACUACCAUCUCCAGUGCAGGACUACCCUCUCUACCAACAUCUACCAAUGCAGUGGCAGCUGCAGCAGCAGCCUACAAUUUGUCUAAUAUUAAUCAGAUGUCUUCAAUAUACAAUCAGUGGGCCAGCAUGGUUAACAACAUCGGCUCUCUCAACGGGAUGAAUGGCAUUAACGGAAUGAACAAUAUGGCUGCUGUUGCCGCAGCAUAUGGCAACAAUCCCAGCAUGCAGUCCCUGCUGGCAUCUCUGAGUUCAGAGCAAGCCAGGAGGCUUGGUGUAAAUCUCCCUGGAUUAUCCCCACACAACAACCUUACGGCUGCUGUAGCUGCAGCUGCAGCUCACCAACAGCAUGCGGUUGCCACCGCCGCUAGGACUCUGAGAUCACAUUCUACUUCCACCACGCAAGCUAAUCGCCAUUCAACCACAAUGAGCAGCAGCAGCAGCAGCAACAAACAAGCCACUGCUCAUCAACAACAACAGCAACAACUCGUUAACAAUUUAAACCAAUUGGGCUACAGCAACUACCUGAGUCAGCAACAGUCUGCUAUGGACUCACUCUUAUCCAGCACUCAGAGAAAUGCAUACGGCGGUGUCUCAGUCCAGCCGCCGGCAGCUCACAGUAACUCGUCCAGCUCUGCCCACCAUGUCAGAAAUGGCGUUCACGGCAGUAAAAGCAGCAGCAACGGCAGCAGCAGCAGCAACAACAACAACAGCAGCAAAGCCCCUCCUCCCCUUAUCCCCGUGAACGGCAGCACCGGCGGGGGCGGGGGCCACAAGGGCACCCCGCGCACGGUGGUCACGGGGGUGGACAAGCAUAAGCUGGUGGACGUGCCGGCAUAUCGUCCUGACCAUUCAAGGCGGGAGCUGCCUUACAUUGUCCGCAAGAUGGUGGUUGGCACCCGGCAGGUGCUGUGCAUUAACCACGUGGCCUACAACUUCGGUGCCACCAGCAUGGUGGCCCUGCAGGACCUCAUCAACGAGUUCUUCCCAACCGCCACCCUGGCCAGCUGCAUAGAAGUCUUCACUAACGUCCUCUCUAUUGUUGUUUAUAAGGCAAACUGGCACCAAGUCUACGCAUUGAUGGAGGCCUGGGGCACGGACUCCACCCCCGAUGUGGUUCCCCUCAUCUACUCCGAGGACUUGGUUCGUUCCCUCACACAAAUGAAGUAUAUCUUCCAGCGAAAUCCAGCUGGCCUCUCGACCGCCGCGCAGAACAGCUCCAAGAGGAUACGCACCACUUGAUGGGACGGGACUCUAGACCCUUUUUUUCCUUUGUAGUGGGACGGGACCUUAGAUCCUUUUGUUGUUUUCUAGUGGGAAGAACCGUAGGCCCUUUUGUUCCUUUGUAGUGGGACGGGACCUUAGAUCCUUUUGUUCUCUUCUAGUGGGAAGAACCGUAGGCUUUUUUUCCUUUGUAGUGGGACGGGACCUUAGACCCUCCUGUUCCUUUCUAUUGAGACGAGACCCUUUGGUUACUUUCUAGUGGGACAGGACCUUAGACCAUUCAGUUUCUUUCUUGUGGGAUGUGACCCUAGACCCUUCAAUUCCAUUCUAGCGACCGCGAGGUCUCAUAAAGAUCCCUUGAUCAGCGUACUAUAUUCUAUGACCUGCGUUAUUAUACGACUGUACAAUUUAUUAUGUUCGUUUCAUGUGGUGUUUCUUGCAAUAAUGCCUACGAUGGGGCGAGUCAUGUCACGCUGAUGUUAGAUCUGAUAUGGUCUAUUUUAAACCUGUGCAUUUUUUUUCUUUUGUAACGGAGAAGCUAACACAGGAAACUUUUGCGCUUCGUUUGAUUUUUGCCGCAAAGACGCUCGUUAUGUAGGAAUGCUGCACAAUGUUUGUUGAUCACUUUGAUCGAAUGCGGAAAUGAAUGAUCUAGGCAAAGAAAUUGAUAACUUAUUAAUUAUCUUUGUUGCUUCUGUAGUUCAAUGGAAUCUUUAACAUAUGCUAGUUAACUCUCGACGGUGGUUAAAUAUUGUGUUUGUUUCUAUUCACGUUGUUGAUAGGCUAAAUCUGGUCUUCAUCUAUGCAUUAAAUAUUUUUAAGAAAAUAAGACCCAUGUGCGAACAGUAUGCCAUUCUGAAUGUAUGCUUUGUGGUUAUAUUUUGUUCUCUUGUUAGCAAGUCGCUCUCGCAUUAAUGGCACUGAAAAAAUUCUGCUUACAAAAGAAGAAAUUCAAUGCAACUGAGAAUUCUGAGGAAGUAAAUUUUCUUGACAGCAAAUAUUUAGUACAGUGAUCGUUCUUGAUUUAAGCUAUACGUUGUUCAUGUAUGUUCCUUUUUUGUGGUUAUAAAUUCUUAUACCGGUGAAACACAUUCUGGACACGAAUAACAUUGAUUAAUCAAUCAGAAUUGCAUGGUUGCAUCUAAUUUCAUUUUAAAUGCAGUCACUCCAGAGUUACCUCGCAGCCACUCUCAAUGACUGUGUAGACACGUGCAUGACUGCAUACAGUUAAUCAUUCGAGUUCAGUCAGGACUGUCCGCAUAACUGCUAUUUGUUAUAUGCCACGAAACUGUAAAAUUUCAAUUAAGGUGCCCAUUUGAUGGAUUAGCAAUAUGAUAGUACGUAUACACUGAGAGUAUAGAUACAUUGGAAAUAAAUUUGUUGUAUUACAUUUCGUGACCGCUAAUAUGUCAGUCAGUGAAUAUUUUGAUGUCAUAUUAACAUGGUUUUUAGGUCGUCAUAGAGCGACCUUCUAAUGAGCUGUGUACGAGGAUACCCAAAGUGAAAUGGUAUAUGCCUCGCAACUUCCACAUUGGGUCAAAAUAACCGCGUUUUUUAAUAUGAAGGAGGUAGUCGUUGUGAUGAUCAGAAUGGUUGUCUGCUAACAACAUUCUCUUUACACUCCGAGAAAUAAGGGAGAUUUUGUCCAAAUAGCGAUACACCUUUUCUAUAUGGCGGAUCACCAUGACCCAGUUUGGCCCGUCAAAAGAGCGUAUCAGCACUGACAUGUCUGCCCUGUGCUCGUGCUGUGGCUAAGAAAAUGUGUCUCUUAUUUGGACAAAAUAACCCAUUCAAUAUUCUGAGUGUAGGAAAGAGCACAAUGCAUUUGUAUCUAUUACUUUGAUUCUGGUCAAUUGUGUUAUUUAUUCCCUGAAAUAUCUAUUAUCUUGGAAGCAACUUCAUGCUCCUCUUUUUCAUAAAGUUAAUCCUCUUGGCCUCCUCUUUUUCGGUAUAUUUGGCCUCGUAUUGUUGUCCCUUCUCAUUUGUGUCCUCAGUUUUGCCUUGAGCAACGUGAUGCAAGUCUUUAUUGUUGCGUUUGUGAUAUAUUCUGCUUUGCAUUUUUCUAAACAAAGUUUAUCUAUAUGAAAUUUUAUUGUGGUCUAUAAUUUCAAUUAUGCUUGCAGCAAAUUUCAUAGCAUUGUCAUAAGGGACAAAAGUGACGAUGUUUUGCUGAAAGUUGAAAUAUUUGGUAGAAGUUGAAAAUAAUAACAAAAUGAUGAAAAUGAAAUAAAUUUAUAUUCACAUGCCAAGACCACUCAUAAAGACUAACGAUGAGAAACAAAUUAUUUGGGUUUAAAGCUUAAUCAGUUGCGAUAAAUAACAUUUCAGAAAUAAUCUUGAAAUGACGGAUCCUCGAAAUUGCACUUUGUAUGUAAUAUUUCCUAUACCCUAUACACAUCCCGUUAGUAUCAAAAAUUGAUAGACUACUCCAAUAUUUUUCUUAGUGAUGAUUAAAUUCACUGAUGAGCAAGUAAAUAUUUUAACGAAUCUGAACUAAAAUUGAUCACUUAUUUUUCAUUGGUUAUCAGAGAUUGGUUCUCAUACUAACUUGUUUUGUUCAAUACUGCAAAUAAAAUCUUAUCAAUGAAAUGAUUGCUAUCACCAAAAUGUUGGGUGUAAAUUGUUUCAUAUUUGAUAUUCAAAACUUCGGAGAUCUCAUGUAUUGAAGAUCAGACUCUUGAAUUUGAUUCGCCUAGACCAUCAUUCUUUAGGGCCGCUGUCUGGUUGCUCUUUAGGGCCGCUGCCUGUUUGCUCUUUAGGGCCGCUGUCUGGUUGCUCUUUAGGGCCGCUGCCUGGUUGCUCUUUAGGGCCGCUGCCUGGUUGCUCUUUAGGGCCGCUGUCUGGUUGCUCUUUAGGGCCGCUGUCUGGUUGCUCUUUAGGGCCGCUGCCUGGUUGCUCUUUAGGGCCGCUGCCUGGUUGCUCUUUAGGGCCGCUGUCUGGUUGCUCUUUAGGGCCACUGCAUCAACUCUCUGAGAAAAAAACCCUCUCAAGAAAUGCUCUCUGCUAAAGUUCGGCCCACAUCAUACUAUGAGAUUGGUACACUCAGAAUUAACGGUGGGUUUUUGUCACGACAUGAGUAGAUAUUCUGCUAACAUUACAAUAUACAUUUGACUUGGAGAUACAGUUGUAAAAAAAUGGUUUUGUUUUUCUCACUUAACGGUUUUUGUUUUCGUAUGACUCAUCUUCUACAAGUAUUUUGAUGUGUGAAAAUACUUGAGCCAGGUGAUAUUUUUUUUAUCAGAUACAACUUGUUUGAUAGUCACGUCUCCUGCCCUGUUGAGAACUACUGCGCCGGUCUCUAUCUGGAUUCUACAGUUGUUUUUUUUUCAUUCAUUCGAAAUCUACCCUGGAUUAACUUGAACUCAAGUGUUUAUAAGUGAGACUGUAAUUCUUCAUGUAAUUUAUAAUAUUUAUAUAGUUAUUAUGUAAUCGGAGGGACUCGAAAGCUUCUUGUAAGAAUGAAUCACAUUGAAGGUGCACUGCUGGCGGCCUUGGUUAAAGCAUAUUAAUGUUCCACGGUCCUUUUUGAUGGAAUAAGUUCUACUCGGUGUCAUUUAUUUAUUUAUGCAGUCCCUGAAUCUGCUUGUAAACUUUUGAUAACAUUCUCGCACAACUUUUUGGCAAAGCGAAACCUGCUGGAAAAUUUUUUGCAAACGGAAACCUAUUUGCAAUUUUUUGCAAUUGGAAACCGGUUGCCUUUUUUAUGUGAAAACCUGUUAGCAAAAUUUUCUGCUAAUGCAAACCUAUUUGUAAAUUUCUCCGCAAAUGGAAACCCUUUUCUAAAGCGCAACGCUUAAAACACACAUAGUAGGCCUGCAAUUAGUUGAUCUUGAUUGCUACUCGAGUGUAGACAUGUCGUAUAAUGGUUCCGUUAUAAAGAGUAAGUGAUGGACUUUUGCAUAUCCAAGAAAGAUUUCUAAGACGAGCUGUUGUGUACAAUAUUUCAUGUUUUGUGCUGCGAUAUUCUACGUGUAUUAUAGUUAUGAGCAAGCCUACGGUGCAGCAUAUGAAUGCGUUGUGCCUGUCAAUCAUAGUUACUAGCUGACGUUAUCAAAUGAUCAAUGUAAUCUCCCUCAGGUGUAGAAAAUCAUAGGCAAUUUGCUGUAUGAGCUUAGGAAUAACGGUAGCUGUUCGUUGCUAUAUAAGUAGUGUUGUGUUUACGCUUCUUCUACAGAUUUUUUUCCUAGUGAACUAAUAUGCUAUUUAUACAAAUGGAGGGAGGGAAAUCAUUAUUAGCCGAAAUUUAUUGGCUCAAUUUAAAGUUAUUCAAGUUCAGCUUCAUUUGACCCUCAUUCUAUUAUUACAGGAAUAUUAUAUCUGUUGUUGGGUAUGAAGUAGUUGCUCAUAUUUUGCAUGGGUUGCAAAUUGAGCAAGUUAAUAACAAUUGAUCUUUAUUUUUGUUAUUUUAUUCGUAAUUCACCUGUGCGAAAAUUUUCCUAAAUAUAUUUUGAGUGAAAAUCUCUAAGCUAAUAAUUUUGAACGACGAUUCACUUUUGAACGAAUUAAUGUUCCGAACGACUCAGUAAUUUUCAAGUAAAACUCGACGGUUUGGCUCAUACGCGGCCGAUGACGUUGAAUCUAUGUAAUAUUUUCUGCCUUCUUUUUCCUUUAAUAAUUUGAAGGUGCUUUAGUUGAAGCACAUUUACAAACAUAGGAUGUCAGGUGCUUGAUGUCUUGCUUGUAUUUUACCUCCAUACCAAAUACGUAGUUUUAUUUUUUUCGCCCAGAUUUAGCUAUUUAUAUUGGUGUAGUUGGCGUUGCUACUGAUUGUAUAUUAAUUGUAAUUAGAGAACACUGAUGGAUUUAACAGGGAAAGAUAUUCGUUUUGUGUUGUUAUUUUUGUAAAUAAAAGUACAAAUUGAC